GCGGCGCCGGGGCUGCCCCUCGCUUCGCCUCCCUUUCCCUCGGCCGCCGGCGCCUCGGGAUGAGAGGGCGCGGACCCGCGGGGGUGGCCCCCGGCCCCCUCCUCUUCUUCUUCCUCCUCCUCCUCCCGACCCUGCCCGCGCCGGACGGACCCGGGGCCUGGGCCGCCGCCGAAGCCUCGGACUCGGUGCCCAUGCCAGUCAACGUGAAAAUCGAAUCCUAUAAUUGGAAUCCUUUGGUCACCUGGGAAUUCCCCAAUGUGUCUGGGAUCCCUCUUUUCACCGUGGAGAUCUUGAGCUAUAACAAUAAAAAUUGGAUGAAAGUCAGUAACUGCACGAGAAUUUCUGCUCAGUCCUGUUACAUUCUCACUGAUAUCAUGGACUCAGAGAUUUCGCACUGGGCUAGAGUGAAAGCUUCCAUUGGAGCAAGAGAAUCUGAUUAUGCAAAAUCCAAAGAUUUUGUCCUGAAAAGAAAUGGAAAAAUUGGACAGUUUAAGCUAAAUGUCACAACUAAAGAUAACCAAAUCAUUGUUGACAUAUUCUACCCUCCAACUUUUGCUGAUGGAUCGAAGAAAAUCUCUUUGUUGGACGAGUAUGAUGAUAUUACUUGCAUGGUGUAUUGUACUGUAGAUGGAAAUGAGUAUGAAGAGUAUGAAGCUGAGUGCGAUUUUGAUAAAUGCAACACCAGCAUUCAAAUAUUGUCUGGAAAUUCUGAGUACUGUAUCAGGGCUCAAAUAUUCUCAGAAAUUUGGGAAAUUAAAUCUGAAGAAACAGAAAAGCACUGUCUUCAUCUUCCACCCAAAAGCCCAUCAGAUGUUCAUGUGACUUUGCCCAUUGCUCUAGCUGCUUUUGUGUCGGUUGUUUUGAUAAUAGUCUUUGCUUAUCAAUUAAGGAAGAGAAGCAACAACUGCCAGAGAGGAAAUAUCCGAUUACCCAAAUCACUGGUCUCCAUAGUAAGAAACUUUAAUUCCCGGAGCAUUCUGGAGACUAAAUCGGAAACCAAGUAUGUUUCAGUCUUAACAUGUCAGCCAGCACCCCCACACAGUGUAAAGGAGCUCGUGGAAGAGCCGUUCACGCCGGUGACCGACGUGGAGAUCAUUCCUAAUGAGGACAGCGUGGGGAAAUCGGAACAAGACACUCCUUCCCAAGAGACUUCAAGUCUGACAGAAGCGGCAGCUGUCAAGGAGGGUGCUACAGCGAUGAGCCAAGACAGCCAGCCCAGCUCCAAGGCAAAAGACAGCUAUUUCCAAUCCAACUGCAGCCAAACGGAAUCAUCCAGCUUCUCCUCACAGUCAGAUCCUUCUAGACAAGAAUCUGGAAGUUGCUCCCCGGAGCUGGGCAGCAUCACUUUGUAUGAGCCUGCAGCCAAAGUGACGGUGCAAGACCCUCUUCCAGUAAGGAACACUAACGUGAAUUAUGGCUACGAUAAGCCUCAUGUUCUCGUCGAUCUGAUUAUGGAUGAUGACGCCGCCGGGUCUGUGAUUGGGUACAGACCUUCAGAGGAUUCAGCAGCCUCUUCGUUAACCUACAACCAGGAUCUGCAAACGGCCUGAUUUCAGAGCUCUAAGAGUCCAAAGAUGAAGACGGGAACCUGUGCUUCCACGUAUUAUUUGGUGCCACUGUGGGAAAGAGAAUCUGAGUUGGAUGGACCUUAAGAAAAUGGAAAGGAUAUGUUUGUAUCUCCAGCCAGUAUGAUUCUUUCUGACUUAGCAUUCAGAAUUCGUAGACAUCCUUUGGAAUGAAGCUGAGGACCUCGUGAACUCUCAGAAUUGAGAUCCAGGUUAUCUCUGUAAAAGAAACAGUAUGCUGAACCGAAAUUUUUAUUUUUGAAUUUUUUUAAAAAAAAGAUGUAGCGAAAAGAGGCACGGGUUUUGGAAUCAUCAUUUUUAGCAUGCUUGACACCACAUUAGAGUUGACUUGUUUACUGGGAUGGCAAUAUCCUUUGUUGUUUGGGAUACUUCACUUGGAGAAGUUCCAGCUUUUGACUUAAGAUUGAAGGGACUAUUCAGGAUUGUUCUCAGUAUGAAGUUAAAAUUUUCAGCCAAUGAUCAAUGUAAGUUUGGCCCAUUGGAUGUCAUGUCGUGUGAAUGCCUUAUGGCUAGGGAACAUAGCAACCAACUCUGUUGUAUUAUACUUUCAAUAAAUACCAUUUAUCAGUGUUUUAGCUGUUGAGGAGAGUCCCCUGUCUAGGGUACAAACGACCUAAUCAUUUCAUUUCCUUAGGUUUUAUUUUUUUUGCCUUUGUUUAAAGUGUAUGUGGUCCCGUGAGUACUCUUUAUCUCUAUAUUCAACUUGUUUUUUUAACUUUAUCGGACAGUUUUUCCAUUACUCCAAAAGCGAUUUAGGAAUACUUGUACAUAAAUAUAUCAGUAUUCAUAAUUAUCAAAGGGGUGUGUGAUAAUAGCCUGACGAGAGUUGCAGUGUCCCAGUUUUUAUAGCAAACCCAACUGAGACUUUUACUGCCUUUUUAAAAGAAUGAUUUUGUGUCUCGCCUCAUGUUCUUUUUCCUUUUGAGUGGCUCUGGUGAAAGAAGCAAUGUAAUGUUGAAAUAUUUUGUAUUGUAUAAGGAGUUGGAAGUUUUUUACUGAAUCGGCUGCAGCAUUUUUCAGCUUCCCAUUACUAGUAAAGCACUGUACGGGGCCUACAAGGCUCACUUUGUUCAGUCCCCAAAAGAGCCUCACAUGAUCUCGCCCCGGCCUUUAAUAAUGUUGGUAUUAAGCACUUACUAUGUGCAGAGCACUGUUCUAAGCGCUGGGGAGGAUCCAAGGUGAUCAGGUUGUCCCACAUGAGGCUCACAAUCAUAAUCCCCAGACCCAACGCAGGCCAGACUGGUGUCAGACUAGUCAGGACAAGAUGGCCUUCUUCCCUACCAGUGAGGGUCUCCUUGCACAACCUUCAGGCCUUCAUUGGCUUGAGAACGUGCACGCGUCACAGAUGACCAGCAUCGCACUCUGGCAUUGGGUUGUAAGCUCUAGCUGGUUAACUAGAAACUCUGUCAACAAAGAAAGCUAUGAGAGAUUUGUAAAAAUGCCCAGGCAUUUGAAAACAUUUUUUUCAAGGCAACAGUCCCACACUCCAGAUGGGUUACUGAGGAUGUAUGUGGUGUUACCGCUGCUCGCCCUUGAAUUCGAAGAACCAGACGUCAGGGCUGGCCAGUGGCACCAGAAGUGUCAGAUAGGAUGCUGGCGCCCCAUGUAAUUCAACCUGAGCACGAUUCAUUCGUUCGUUCAUUCAGUCAUAUUUAAUAAGCGAUUAUUGUGUGCAGAGCACUGUACUAAGCUCUUGGGAGAGUACAACAGUAAACAGAUGUAUUCCCUGCCCACAACGAGCUUACAGUUUUGCCACUGCACAGUUCACCUCCAGCCAUCUCAAGUAGGUUUAACACCCUUCUGCAGUCUAGUCAGGGUGACUGUCCUCCCUAACAGCAGUCCACAAAGUCGCCAAAGCAUCCAGCCCUUAAGCCAAAUUUGGCAACUUCCCCAAAAGGAGGUUUUAGCGGUGUCUGACGCUCAUACUGAAUCUUGCAUUUAAUAUCACAUAUAUGCUCCGUUACCGUGGAGGAAAGCGAUUAAUGGUAAAAAGGAACUUGUGCUAUUGGAUUCAAGGAGAGAUCACUGGUGUAAAGACUCUGGGACUAGACCUCAGAAGGAAGCCCUAAAGGAGAACCGAGAGGUGACGUGUUUAAAUACUUCUUCGUGAUGUGAUCUCCGGUGAGGUUCCGUGAGAUUCUGUGACGCUCCAUCUUGGUCUCCUAGUCGGGGGCUUCUUUCUUAACCAGUCCCACAAUAUGCUUACCAUUAUGCCCCCUCAUCCAAGACUGGGAAAAGCAGGCAUUUCAGGUCAGGUGUGAGGGCUCCUCCAGCCCUCACAUAUUGAGAGACUAUGGUUUUUGUGAAUCUCACAUGCUCUAGUUUAGUUUUUCAAUCAUAAAAUUUCCUCCCUCUCCGGGGUCUCAAUUCGAAGAGUCAGUUGUGUUCUGUUGUUCCCUUGUGUUGAAAUGACUAGAGGGCUGAAUAUGACUUCCAAGAAGCUAAUCAAGUUUCUAAAAUCUUGUCUAAAUAAUUUUAUUACUCUUUAUGCCACCUUUGUUUGCAGAUAUGUAACUAGUGGCCAGUCAGCCAAUUUAAAAAAAGAAGAGUUACAGGAAAGGAAUUGGGUUGUGAACUUUAGCUAGUUACGUAGUGACUAUGUCAACAAAGAAAGUUAUGAGAGAUUUGUAAAAAUGCCAAAGUUUUUUAUAUAUAUUUUUUUAAAGACAAAGCUAUAUUGGCACAUAUAGUUGGAUGAUGAGGUUUUUUUUUUACUGUAAUGGGCAAAUGUAUAAAAUGUGAAUGUGAAUAGACAGCUGGAUGGCUUGUUUUUAGAGAUUGGGGUAGAGAAAGCUUUUUUAUUAAAAUAUGAAAUGGUUCCACUUAAA